AUGGCCCUGAAUGUAAGGAAUAAUCAAGACAAUCAUCGUGGCGGCAGAGAAGGUGAUAAUGAAGAAGUGCACACUCGUGACAUGGAUGACAGAUCUGUUGCUAAAGGGAUUAAGCUUGACUUUCCAAGAUUUUUUGGCAAGAAUCCUGCAACAUGGAUAUAUAGGGCAAAUCAGUAUUUUUUGUAUCAUCAAGUUCCUCCUGGACAAAGAAUUUUUUUCGCUUCAUUUCACAUGGAUGAAGAAGCCCUUGUUUGGUUUCAAGAUGCUAGUGAAGCUGGCACUUUUCAUUCCUGGGAAGAAUUUACACAAGCUGUUCAAGUGAGGUUUGGGUCAUCAGCUUAUGAUGAUCCAAUGGAGGCACUAACAUGUUUAAAACAAGUUAAUUCUGUUACUGUUUACAAGACAGAGUUUGAGUUACUUUCAAAUAGAAUUAAAGGGAUGCAAGAACAAUAUGUGUGGGCAACGAGAAGAUCUUGGAAGGGCACUAGUAGUGAUCUUGGUGGGCAUUCUGCAGGUGGGUCAAUAUUAGGAAUACCUAAGGUGUUAUCUAAUAAUAAGCUGCCUUAUCAGAAAGUUUCUGAAGCACAGAUGCAAGAAAGAAGAAAGAAAUGUCUUUGCUAUUUUUGUGAAGAUAAGUGGCAUCAAGGCCACAAGUGCAUUAAGCCAAAGAUCUAUGUGUUAGAGGGAAUGGAUAUUCUUGAGGAUGAAACUGUUGACGAUCAAGAUUAG